AGAGCCGUCUCGUGCGGAGGGCGGGCCGCCGUGUCGCGCCGGGUCUGUGGAGCUCGCUGCCGGCGCUGCGACGCUCGUGGGUGGCGUGUUCGGCUUUUCCUGUCUGCUUCGGUGCACCGCUGCAGCUCCGGCCUCGGGUCUGACGCGCGACGGCAUGGCUUCCGUUUUGGAAGAGUUGCAGAAAGACCUAGAAGAGGUCAAAGUAUUGCUGGAAAAGUCCACUAGGAAAAGACUACGUGAUACUCUUACAAGUGAAAAGUCCAAGAUUGAGACGGAACUCAAGAACAAGAUGCAACAGAAGUCGCAGAAGAAACCAGAACUUGAUAAUGAAAAGCCAGCUGCUGUGGUUGCUCCUCUUACAACAGGAUACACCGUGAAAAUCAGUAAUUAUGGAUGGGAUCAGUCAGAUAAGUUUGUGAAAAUCUACAUUACCUUGACUGGCGUCCAUCAGGUGCCCACUGAGAACGUGCAGGUGCACUUCACAGAGAGGUCAUUUGAUCUUCUGGUAAAAAACCUCAAUGGCAAGAAUUACUCCAUGAUUGUGAACAAUCUUUUGAAACCUAUCUCUGUGGAAAGCAGUUCAAAAAAAGUCAAGACUGAUACAGUAAUUAUUCUAUGUAGAAAGAAAGCAGAAAACACAAGAUGGGACUACUUAACACAGGUGGAAAAGGAAUGCAAAGAGAAAGAAAAGCCUUCCUACGACACGGAGGCAGACCCUAGUGAGGGAUUAAUGAAUGUUCUAAAGAAAAUUUAUGAAGACGGAGACGAUGAUAUGAAGCGAACCAUUAAUAAAGCGUGGGUGGAAUCCAGAGAGAAGCAAGCCAGAGAAGACACGGAAUUUUGAGGCUUUUAAAAGUCCGUAUGGGAACUGUGAUGUGGAAUGCUCGUGUUCCAGUAAGGGGAUGUUGUUGAACUGCACAUAUUUGUUCAUGUGGGUAUGUAGUUUUGACAGAUAAAUAUUUACACCGCCUUUUAAGUAAAGAUAGCAGAUUCUCCAUUUCUUACUGGAGGAUUUGAUUUAAAUAAAUAAGCUUAUUAAACUGUUUCCUUCAUUAGCACCCCAGACAUUUCGUUUCAGAAAAGGCUAUAUGGCACUCUUACUGAAAAUGUAAAAAGGAAGUCUUGCAUAAUGAAAAUGUUAUGUCACAGACUUUUGUUCUGGCUGGGAGAUAGAAUACAGAAGUGUUUGUCUGUAGUUGACAUUAGAUCCCAGUAAUGUAAACAAUAAAGCAAAAUUUUUGCAUAAAAUUCAAAUUUGUGCAAAGUUACUACAGAGCUGUUCCAUUAUUACCAUGUGUUACCAUAUACUGCUAAUUGAUUUAAGUAUACUUAUGAAUAUAAAAUUAAACAAAAUACAAAGGACAAAAAUAGACAAACAUCGUGUUGAUAAGUACUAUCAUGGUUCAGAUGGCUUAAAAAUAACCAUGACGCGAAAACUUGAAAACGCCCAUUUAUUCCUUUGUUCAAUAAAGUUGGAGUUUUACUUAAAAGAUGAGUUCUGCAAUCUGUUUUGAGUGUAUUCAAAGUUAAGCUUUGUCACUGUACUCGAGUAAGUUUCAGAAAGCCGUAAGGGCUUAGCAAUGGCUUAGCUGUUAAAUGAUAGGCUCACCAUCAAAAAGAAAGCAAUUAGAUGCCUAGAAAAAAAGCCAGUCGAUCACAACAACUACCAUUAAGGAUUAGGUAAAAGUCAGAACUUACAAUUAAUGUAUAGAAAGGGUAGCUGGAAGUGUAUUGAGCUGUGAAGUAAGCAGACUGGUAAACACAUGAACUUAUUGCAUGCAGGAGAUUUGGCGUUUGUAGGGAGAUGAAGCAUUAAUGAUAGCAGUGUAAUAAGACAGCCAUAUGCUCACACUUACAGCAUCUAAGAUCUCACUGUCAAAAAUAAAGUUAUGCAAGUACUUAAAGAGAUGGAAUUCCAUUAUGACCUAGGACUGGGGAAGAAGUCUUGAUUUAAAAAGUAAAAGGAAAAUACAUGGCAAAAAAAUACACAUAAGCACAAACCAAUGACCUACUAAGGUUUCCAGUAACUAUAAAUCAUUCAUAGAAUUAAAAAAAAAAAAAGGAGUUGGGGGCAAUGACAUUUUCUUCAAUGGUGUAGCCACUGGUAAUUUCCCCAGCAUUCCAGCAAAGUAACCCUAAUAAAAGCAUUGGGUCACGAAACCUAAAGGGAGGGAAAUACAAAAGAAAUAAAUAUGCUCACUCUUCUAGCAAGUCCUGAGAAGCCAGAUCAACCCUACUGUACAUUGGGAAAACUCCACUGGUUUUUAUUUAAGAACAUAGCUAUUAAAUUUUCAUGCUUAGGUUAGGAAAAGUAGAUGCAUAGAACAUAAAAACCUGGGAAUGACAUACACAGUUAAGAACAAACAUUAACAGGACUAGACUGUGGUACAUCAUGGCAGAAAUAGAUAAUUAGGACCUUAGAACCACUGGAAUUUUAACAAUUGAAAAAGCACUGAAAUUGAAAAAAAGAAAAGCCAGAUCGGAGGGCCUACUUGGUGGUUAAUAAGGGCUUUGGCAGAGGAUGCAAGCAAUGAAAGUUCCAGGAGCUCUCAGUGUAUUAAGCUCAUUCAUGAAGGUGAAGCUAUGACCCCACUUAAUACCAUGAACUAACUGGGCAUUCAAUUUCAAUAUGCAUUUUACAAAGACAACUAAGCAAUAGUUGCUUUGUUUGCAUAUUGAAUUUAGUACAAGUUAUUUUCAGGGAACUUUAGAAUAUUUGUCUAUUAGAUGAAUUCUAAUUUUUUGCAACAAUUAAUGAAUAUAUUGCAAUUUUUAUAUAUUGUGAUAAAAGUAAAGUUGCUGACACUCAA